AAUUUAUAAUCAUAAGAAUAUCAUUGGUAUUUAUCUAUUAAUAUCUUAACAAAUUUAUUUUUGACUGACUCUUUACAUAAUAAAAUAACAUUUACAAUUUAAUUAUUCUAAAUAAAGUAUUAUAAAAUGGCGAGCGGAAUACCAUUUAAUGGGUAAAGCGAGUUUGUAACUAAAAAGGGAAGAAUAAUAUCACCACUUAGACAUUAAACUGCCUUAGAUGUACUUAAAAAUAUAGGGAGAUAGAAAUAAAAUGCUCUUAAUUUUCAGGAUUAUGAUGACCAACCUCUAUUUUAGUAGAUGGAGAAGAGAAAUAAUGUUUUUAAAAUAUAAAUGAAUUCAAUCAAAAAUGGUGAUCAAAGUUUUAAAAAAGGCGGAUUAAACAUAAUUAAAGACUCUACAGGUGAUAUUUUUAUACAACAGUAGCAUUCUUAAGUGCCAAAAAGAAAUUAGUCUGUCGCUGAUAGCUAUAAUAUAUAAGAUUCAUAUGAUAAAUCAAUAGUAAACAGGAGAAAUCAAAGUGUUAAUUAUAAUAAGUAAGAAUCCGGAAAUAGUUGCAUCUCUACUAUUUUUAACAGUGGAUAUAAUUCUCAAGAAAAUAAUAUCUAUAAAAACAUAAAAACUGAGAAAACAGAAUACGAUUCGCCAUAAUCAAAUGGAUCUCCAAACAAUUUAAUGGAACAAAAUGAUAUCCUUGAUUCAAUUGCAAUAAAUGGAAUUUAAAACAAUUCAGAAUUUAACAAGAAUAUAUCUUCAAAAAAUAAAACAGUUCCUUUGUAAAAUAUAAUGGAAAACAAUAAAAAUUUAAAUGACUUUGAUCAAACAAAUAAAGAUGAUUCUUAAAAUCAAAGCUAAUAUGAUCAAAGCAUUAGAAAAAUUUAUAAAACAAAUGUUAUGUCAAAUGAUUUAUAUGGAUAUAAUUAAUCUCUAAAUCUAAAUAACUAUAACUUACCCAGUAUAGCCAAGUAAAAUUUAAGCAAGUCUAUUAAUAAUUAAAGUAAUUAUAUUGGAGUUCUUUAGACGGAAGAAAGCAAUAUCUAAAGUAAGUAAAUAUAGUAGUAAAGCGAAAGUUAAAAUCCAUAAAUUAAAUCAAGAUCUACAACAAUGGACACAGCUAGUUACCUUUAAUCGCUCCAUUCAUACUAACAAAAAUAUUUAAAUCCUUAACAAAACCCUCCAGACAUAAAUUUAUCACCAGAUAAAAUAGCCUUUAAAUAGUAUGAAAAACUAUCAAGAAAUGAUAAAAUGAAUAUAGAAGAUAUUACCCCUCAAUAAGAAAAUGUAAACUUUGCCUCUCCAGUAAAAAAAUCUAUUUAACUAAAAAGGCAAUAAAUAUAAUAAGAAAAAGAUGAGUUAUCUAAAUUAUAUGAAUAAUAUCUUGUUAAUGCUAAACAAGAUGAAGAUUUUAAAAAAAAUUAAAUUAAUAAUUCAGGAAAUUAUUUUGUUACCUCUCUUAAAGGUAAAAGCUUUAACAUAAAUAUCAUAUCAUAAAUUCCAAAAAAUAUAAACUCUCCUAACAUAGAAUCAUAAUUAAAAACUAAAGUUUAUCUUUAAAAUAAAGAAUAUAAAUCCAUAUCACCUUUAAGGCAAUAAAUAUAAUCUGUAGAAAGAUGGAAAUGA